AGUUGGGGAAAGCUCAAGCAUGUGACUCUGAGGCUGCUGCUCACGUUACAUCACUGUAACUUCAGUAGCAGUUCCAAGAAGUAAAUAUUAAGUGUUGGCUGUGCUCACCGGGUCGCCCUCUCUCCUGAGUCCUGGCAUUCCUGUGCCCGUGGGACCAACUGGGUUGCGCUGAACAGGUCACUCCCUCUCCUCUGGCCUGUGUUAUUCCCGUAUUGAGCAGGUCACGUCCAAUCCCGGGGUUGCUGGCGUUCCUGUGCCACGGAGGAGCUGCAGGACAGAGCUUACUGGGUUCCUGGCUUAGUAGAUGAGAGGAAGCUGUAGAUUUGAUUGAUCUUGCUUCUGAACCAGCAGGGCCCCAUUGUGUUAGGGGCUAUAUAGACACGCUGUAAAGAGUCCAUGCUACAAAGAGGCACUUCCAGUCAGUUUUUAAACAGCAGAGAGAAUCUAACAGCCUUGAAGACUUCUGCAGCAUCACACACAGCGGUAACCAUGCUACAGAGAUGAAAUGAUAGGGAGUCUCGCCAGUGUAUCCCAUGGGUCCCACACAGCUUGCUGCACAGGAUCAUGGGAAAAGGGUGGCAAGUGUAUUUGAAAUGGAGGAGGAAGGGUUUUCACUCUUCCAUGGCUCGGAGGUCCCCCUCGAGCAUGCAGAAAAUCCACCCCUGAAGCGGAAGAAGGGUCCAGCCCCCAAGAUGCUGGGGAAUGAAGUGUGCAGUGUAUGUGGGGACAAGGCCUCAGGUUUCCACUACAACGUGCUGAGCUGCGAGGGCUGUAAGGGCUUCUUCCGCCGCAGCGUCAUCAAGGGUGCCCAGUAUGUCUGCAAGAACGGCGGCAAGUGUGAAAUGGACAUGUACAUGCGGCGCAAGUGCCAGGAGUGCCGGCUGCGCAAGUGCCAGGAGGCAGGCAUGCGGGAGCAGUGCGUUUUGUCCGAAGAGCAGAUCCGACUGAAGAAGCUCAAGAAACAGGAGGAUGAUCAGGCUCGGACAGUGGUUGUGCGCCCAAACCCCCCAUCUCCGCCCAACACCCCCUAUAAACUGACACCCGAGCAGCUGGGCAUGAUAGAAAAGCUUGUGGCAGCUCAACAGCAGUGUAACCAGCGCUCAUUCACAGACAGGCUCAAAGUGACGCCAUGGCCUCAGGCUUCAGACCCUCAUAACCGUGAGGCACGGCAGCAGCGUUUUGCUCAUUUCACUGAGCUUGCAAUCAUCUCUGUGCAAGAGAUUGUGGACUUUGCCAAACAGCUGCCUGGCUUCCUGGAGCUCACCAGGGAAGAUCAGAUUGCUCUGCUGAAGACAUCCACCAUAGAGGUGAUGCUGUUGGAGACAUCCCGGCGCUAUAAUCCAGAGACUGAAAGCAUCACCUUUCUGAAGGACCUGAGCUAUAAUCGGGAUGACUUUGCCAAAGCAGGCCUGCAGUUUGAGUUCAUUAACCCUAUCUUUGAGUUUUCAAAGGGAAUGAAUGACCUACAGCUCAACGAUGCUGAAUAUGCACUUUUAAUCGCCAUCAACAUUUUCUCUGCAGACCGACCAAAUGUGCAGGAUCAGUCGCUGGUGGAGAGACUGCAGCACACCUACGUAGAGGCCCUUCAUUCUUACAUUUGCAUCCACAGACCAAAUGACCAUCUGAUGUUCCCUCGGAUGUUAAUGAAACUGGUCAGUCUUCGGACUCUAAGCAGUGUCCACUCCGAACAAGUUUUUGCCCUUCGACUACAGGACAAGAAACUCCCUCCCCUGCUCUCAGAAAUCUGGGAUGUGCAUGAGUGACUAUGUGCUCCCAGGGCACUGACCUGCUGAAGUAACACCACCUCCCAUCCCUUGCUAACAAGAAGCCAGCCUCCCCUCUCCAAAGCGCUGAACUAGGGGCUGGGCUGGGCAGUGCAGAGUGAUGAGCCUGUGGUUUCUCUGAUGUGAUGAGACUGUGCAUAAGGCAUCUGAGAGAGAUCAGAUGUUUUUGUAAUCUUUGAUUUAGUGCCUCCUAGAAAUGGGAUCAUGUGUAAAACACCUGAAAAUGGUAGAGAUGAACAUCUCACCCCAAAUGUUUCUUCAAUGUCUGUCUUUUUUCUAAGUAUGUGUUCUGGGGUUUUGCCCCCCCAUCUUUCCCUUCUCAUUGAUUCUGAAAGUGAAUUUGCAGGAACUUAUUAAACGUUCACUGAGAGCAUCCUAGCCCCAAAGGCUUCCCCAGGGUUCUUAGGCAGGGUUCCCUGUGUAUGUGGACUUGAGGAACUCAGGGAAGCUUAUAUGGAUGUGCUGGGGGUUUUCUUGUAUUCCCUGUAUUUUAAAGUCUCUAUGAUGUGCUGUCCUUCACAAAGAUUCCCAGAGAAGAGGCUGUUGGUCGCAUUCCCUCUUUGUGAAGCUUCAUUUCUAGAGCUGUCCUUUCAUUCUGGCCCUCCUUGGGCAAGUAGAUCCCUGGAAUGUGCAGUGCCAUUUACUGAAAGUUAUUCUGUGGACAUCUUAUAUGUACCAUAGAGAAACCAUGGAUCAUUUAGCUGUUUUUUUAAAACAAGAUUGCCUAUCAUUGUAGUAUCUUUUGGUUUGCUAGCAGGUGAAAGCAAUAAACCAUGGAAUAGAUUUUGUGUUGAGUUUUGUGGAGGAGAAGAGAGAGGAAUGGAAGCAUCAGUGUCUGG